GAGCGUCUUCCAGGCGGCUAUUUGACUCGAAGGUGGGGGGAAGAGAAAUGUUCGAUUAACACUCCUCGCGCCAGUAAUGGGUUGAGAUGGAUGCUGUGUCACGUUUCUCGAAAGAGAGGGUGAACGGAGGGAUGGGUUAGAAACCAACACCAAACCCCAGGAAAAAAAAAACAUUAGCAGCCCUGAAAGGAUAGGCCUGCAGCGGUCUACUCGUAUCAUCCUCCGGUGACAAUCUCCCCCUCCCUCGAGUCCUCCUCCUGCACUUGCCGCCACAAAACAAACUACAUAAUAUUUCACCUUCCGCCCCUCCUCCCCCUCCUCUUCUUCCUUCUCCAUUUCCCCCCUUCUCUGCUCCCGCUACCUAUCGUGCCCAUAUCCUGUAGUUUCUCUCCUACCUUCGACCCCUCGUUUUCGUGAGUGAUGCCCUUUCCCUUCCGUUUUUGCUUUUGCUCCACAUCCGGCAGGGAUGUUUGUCAGCCUCCCCCCACUAUCUCUUUUAUCGCGGAUGGACUCGCAAAUCUUCCCGAUACCGAUAGGACAUGGGAGCAUGGCUUUUCCUUCACUGACUCCAAUCACUUCUAGAUCCGCAAUCAAACGGAAGAAGAAAAAUGUCUGCCGGUGCACCCCCUCCUCCUAAUUACGCGGGAUCUCCUCCCCCGGGAGGAAAUUAUUACCCCCGUAGGUCGAAGCUGAAAAAUCACAUGAAGCGGUCUUACUGACUCUAGACUCUAGCUCCACCUGAAAAAUCUCCCUACGGACCUGGGGGCCAACCCCCACAACAGCAGCAGCAGCAGCAGUUCCCCCCUCCUCCUGGAGCGCCCCAACAACAAUACUAUCCCCCCCCUCCACAAAACUACCCCCCACCAGGACAUCCACCUCCACAGCAUCAACAAUCUUACCCUCCUCCACCUCAGAAAGCACAACCUCCCCAGCAAACCGCCUUUGACCCCUCCCGAGCUGGUCCACCGUCACAGCCGCAACAGGUUGCUGCGGGCAGUGGCGCCAACACUAUCACAGAUACUUUAGGCAGUUUCAAUGGCGGAAGCUAUAGAAUCGACCACAGGGACUGCAAUACCCUUUUAACCCUUAUGCUUGCUCACGGCUGCCCGGUGACGGCCAAGCCCGGAGCAAUGGUAGCAAUGACUCCAACUGUAACAUUGAAGGGUUCCGUCAAGUUCUCCCUGAAGAAAAUACUCGCUGGAGGUGAAAUGGCGCAAUCAACCUACACUGGCCCUGGUGAAUUAUUGCUUGCGCCGGCGGCGCUAGGGGACAUUGUCCCUAUCCGCUUGGACGGCCAGCAAACUUGGAGUGUGGGCAAGGAUGCUUUCUUGGCCUGCACCCAGGGCGUUGUUAAGGACUACAAGAGUCAGGGAUUGGGCAAGGCAAUGUUCUCUGGCGAGGGAUUGUUCGUUUACAAGAUUUCUGGACAGGGGGUUUUGUUCGUGACCAGCUUGGGUGCCAUUAUUCAGAAGAAUGUAGGUUGUCGAUCCCCGCUCUGGCCACCCAUCGCUAAUGUGCCUGCAGAUGACCCAAGGCGAACAGUUUAUUGUUGACAAUGACCACUUGGUUGCCUGGAACUGCAAGUACACCAUCGAGCGUGUUGCCUCCGGUGGGAUCAUCAGCAGUAUGUCGGCUGCUGAAGGCUUGGUCUGCAGAUUUACUGGUAUUCUCUCUUCUAUUCUCUCUUGUUGCGCCGUCUAACGCACAGCAGGCCCUGGAACAGUAUUCAUCCAAACUAGAAACCCAACCGCCUUUGGCGCCUGGAUCGCUUCCCACGUUCCGGCUAGCCAGUAAACCAGGCGAGAGUUAGGGGCCUAAGUUUAGGUUUCCGGAGCUGCCGCCAUCCCUCUCAAUUCUUUGACUAGUUAUGUGACAAGGUUUUCAGCGGAGUGACGUGGGGAUGGGAAUUGUGGGGGGGAGGGGUUUUUUUCAAAAAAAGAAAAAGAAAAAAAAAGAAAAAAAAGUCUAUCCUGUACUUUCUAGGCGAUGAAUGGGACAAAAUCUGAGCAAUUUGAUCUCUUC